UUCGGUCGAACAUAAUCAAAUAAUCAUCUUCUUCAGCUGCAAACCCCUCUCUCACGUUACUCCCUCACGCUUGCACAAUUAGCACCAAUAUCCUUAAUUUCAAUCUCUGGAAUUUAGAACUCGUAUCAAAGGGGAAUUGUUGAUUUAAACAGAAAUUCGAUUGGGGUAAUAGGAAGAAGAAGAUGCGAGGAGAAUGUGGAAGGAGAUCGGAGAUAGACAAUCGGGAAAACUACGCCCUAAUUCUUUCAUCAGUCGUAUUCGAUCGAACAGAGCAUCAUCUCUUCAACUCUCCAAUCACAAAGAGAUUGUCUCUCCUCACCGUGGCGCCAUUAAUUCGCUUCAGGUUGAUUUGACAGAGGGAAGAUAUUUGUUAUCUGGAGCUUCCGAUGCAUCACUUGCUGUCUAUGAUAUCCAACAUGCAACAGACUAUGAAGGAGGCUCAUUCGAUCACCACAUCAAUGUCUGGGAUACCAAUACCUCACAGGUGGUGAUGGAUUUUAAGAUGCCAGGAAAAGUUUAUAGGACAGGCAUGUCUUCAUUAGCCACAUCUCACAUGCUUAUAGCUGCUGCAACUGAAGAUGUUCAGGUUCGGCUUUGUGAUAUGGCUUCAGGGGCAUUUUCUCAUACAUUGUCGGGUCAUCGUGAUGGCGUGAUGGCAGUGGAGUGGUCUGCUUGUAGUGAGUGGGUUUUGAUGACUGGAGGUUGUGAUGGGGCAAUAAGGUUUUGGGAUAUUAGACGUGCAGGAUGUUUCUCUGUUUUAGAUCAAUCUCACUCUCAGCUUGGAAGGCGUCCACCUCUACUUGAGAGGUCCACCACUAAGGUGACAACAUCUAGAUCCUUUACACCUGGUCAAACUUCAUCCUCCAAGACUCGACCACCACAGAAAAAAGCCACCUCCAGCAGCGCCUCAAAACACUCUGGCAGCAGUAGGAAGCAAAAACAGAGACUCCAUCCAGGGUUGUUGUCCAGCCAGGAUCGCGCUACAGCUCAUUAUGGUGCUGUUAUCGGUCUCAAAGCCACAGAAGAUGGCAUGUAUCUUCUAAGUGCAGGGUCUGAUUCAAGGUUAAGAUUGUGGGACAUUGAGUCUGGGUGCAAUACACUUGUGCACUUUGAGAUUACGCGAUUGCAAACUACUAAAGCCAUACAGUUGGCUGUCACUCAGGAUUCUGCCCUUGUCUUUGUUCCAUGCAUGACAUCUCUCAAAGCAUUUGAUCUGUGGUCAGGGAAGACUAGUAUGACACUUCAAGGACACUAUGAGCAUGUAAAUUGCUGUUGCUAUAAUGCCUAUGAUCAGGAACUAUUCACAGGUGGAAAUGACAGACAAAUCCUUAUCUGGUCUCCUCCAAAGUUGAUUUCUCAAGAUGUUGAUGAAUGGGAUGGAAGAACAGGGAAGCCUCCUGCACUUGAUGAGGAUAACUGGAGUGACUGACUAAUCUUGUAUCUUGUAUAUAUAUACAUUAUACAAUUAAGCGUGUUGGUUUUUCAUGUAUUUGUUUAAAAUUCUAAAAGGGGUGACUCAGUACACAAAAGCUACACUUUUUUUUUGAACUUUCCUCUUACAUAUAUUUAUAUAUGUAUAAUUUUAUUGUAUAGCUGGUGGCAUAACAAUUUUUCCUAAAAUAGCAACUCCUCAUACGCGGG